GCGGCCUCGGCCACGGCCCACCGCAGGCACUCCGUGGGCUCCGUCAUGCACAGCGCCAGGCCCAGGACGGCCGCCAGCCAUGGACUCUCGUCGACGGCUGCACCCAGCACGGCCAGCGCCACCUCCUCCACCCUGGCCGACGACAUCGUGAUGGUGUGGAGCGGCGGCGGCGGCACGUCGGCGGCGUCCUUGUGGAUCACGUACUUGCAGUCCUGCUUCGUGGAGAUCUGCCGCAAACGCGGGAGGCCGAGCUUCAGGACGUCCGACGUGAGCGUGGACGAGCUGGCCGGUGAGGGCGCGGUGGCCGAGCGCUGGAGGACGCGCCUGGAGCUGGCCAAGCUGGUGGUGCUGGUGGUGUGCCCCGUGAUGCUGGCCCGCCUGUCGUCCAGCCUGGCCGCCCUGGCCGGCCCCAUGGCGCGCCUGGACUCGGACCGCGCGCUCAUCAUGCUGCUGGGGGUGCACGAGUACGAGCUGCAGCCCGAGCACCGCGCAGUGCUUGGCGGCGACUGCCGCCGCAUGGCGGUGCGCGACCAGGACGCCAGCUUCGUCGGCGAGUUCCUGGCCGUGGCCAUGGACAUCCUGGUGCGGGCGUGGCGGGCGCGCGCCGCCAAGGAGCGACGCUCGGCGGACGGCGGCGCCCUCUUCUCGCUCGCGCCCAAGAAGGUGAAGCAGGGCAUGAACAAGGUGCUCGCCCUGCUCGUGUCGCCGCUGCAGCCGGGCGACGACGUCCACGUCGCCGUGCACAAGGGCGCGCCUUCCGAGGCCGUGGCGCUGCCCUCGCGCUCCAGGAACCCCUACACGCUGCAGUUCUCCAUCCCAGAGGACAUGCUGGACGUGUCCGCCAUGGUGAGCGUGACGGUGUCCGUCAACGGCCAGCCGCUGGGCACCCGGCAGCUCAAGUGCGAGAGCAGGCUGCGGGAGCUGGACCGCAUCCUGCGCGCACGCGACAACCCCCUGCAGUACCUCUGCCAGACUCUGGGCUUCGGGCCUUCGGACCGAGACGCCUUGGACAACUCCCUCCUGUGCAGCUACCUCCGCAACGUGCCGCCGCACUUCAACCUGCUGCAGGACCCCGGCCCCGCGAGCAGGGCCGCCCCUUCCUACAGCUGCGAGCAGUACCCCACCCUGCUGCACUUCGCCGCGCACUUCGGCCUGGAGCGGCUGGCCAUGGCGCUGCUGGAGGGCCCCGGCGGCGAGCAGGCCUGCUACGUCCGCAACUGCAACGACCUGACGCCCGCCGAGCUGGGCGAGCGCGCCGGCUACUCGCGCCUGGCGUGCGCGCUGCAGGGCUACAUGCAAAUGUCCGAGCUGAGCAACGUGUACACCAUCCUGCAGAACAUGACGGACGCUGACGGCGGCGGCACCGCGUUCUCCAAUGACGAGUCCGGCAGUUACCUCAGCCCCCGGCCGGCCUCAGAGACCUACUCCGUGCCGCCGCCGCCCCUGCAGCUCACAUCGUUGUAUCAGAACAUGCCCCGCCGAUCCCAGUCCUCUUCGCCGACGGCGGAGGCCCCGGACGACGCCUACCUCUGUCCGGACGCCGUGUACCAGGACAUUGACGAGAACCAUGACGCGGCCGGCGCCCCGCCGUCCGAGUGCUGCUCGGUGGGCGCCGACGUGCCUGACGGCGUCCUCCGCCCGCGCCCCGGGUGGACCAGGGAGGGCUCCGCGCCCGUGGACGAACACCGCGCGCAACGCCGGCCGCGCCGCGGCUCGGACCCCUUGGCCGGGCGCGAGGAGCCCGUCGACGACGACCUGAUGGACGUGAUCCGGGACCUCAAGAGCAGCUCGUUCAGCCUCGGCGAGGUGGAGCACCUGGUGCACUCGUGGCGGGGAAGGAACGCGACGCACCAGUCGUUCCGCGACAAGCAGGAACAACUGGCCCGUAUGCGCGAGGAGCUGCAGCAAGUGGAGCACCGUCUGGGCGGCCAGGGCCAGGGCCAGACGCAGGGCGCGGCGGCCGCGGCCCGGCCGUCGCCGCUGGAGCGCAUCAAGAGGGUCUUCACCAAGGCCCGGCACGGCAGGCACGCCGCGAGCAAGGACAAAGGGACUCGCUCCGACCAUCGCGGCGACAGCGCGCCGCCCGGGGCAGGAUCGGGGACGGCGUUGACGGGGUCUCAAGCGCCCACCAGGCCCCCCAGCAGCCUCAGCAGACGGAGCUCCAGCAGCAGCACGUGGUCCGGGAGGAGCAGCGACGCGGCCGAGCCCGCGCACCCCGUGCAGGUGGACGAGGUGUCGUGGCUGCACCCCGUCAGCCCCGCGUCCGCGGACAGCCACUACGUGCACUACGUGUCCCCCAUGGGCAUCCGGCCCGUGGCCGCCGCCCUGUCCUCGACGUCCUCGACGUCCUCGACGGGGACCCCGACCCCGACCCCGGUGUGCAGCGGGGGCAGCCGCGGCGGCGUGGACCGCGUGGACCGCGCGGACCGCCUCGACCUGGACCUCGCCGAGGACGGCUUCCCGCUGGACCCGUCCGGCUUCUCCAGCUACGUCAACGUGCACCUGCCCAGCUGGCCGCCGCCGGUGCCUGCCAAGGCCGGCCUCAAGGACACACUCCAGGACCUGCCCGAGGACGCCGUCUGAGUUUGCGCACGCAGUCCACGCGGCCGUGCAUGUUUUUCGAGGGCGAAGCGACUCCAGAAUUAGGAUCACAACUAAACUGACCCCUGAGUUACUCAUGAAUUGCUACCAGGUGCAUCAGUGAUUAACUAUAUUGUCUCGGAUGAACUCGUAUAUUGCCCAUGAUAUCAGCUCAUUUAUUGGCCAUGAUUAACUCGUACAUUGCCCAUCAUAUAUAUUGGCCAUGAUCAGCUUGUACACUGCCCCAAAUUGCAAAUUUUUACCUGUGUUUUGCCAAAGUCGAUUCCUCCUUGAAUGUUUCUGCAGCUCUCUUUUUGUUUCCAAUAAUUUUCUUUUGACAAUGGCAAAGAUUUAUAUUUUCUUUGAGUAAAUUUAACUGUGCACUCUUGCAGGUGUGAGAAUACGUAAUGAGUGCAGAUUUAAGUUUUUCUGUGAUGUAAAGGGUACUUUCAGUGAUAAAAAUUAAAGUCAUUUUACAUUUUUA